UGUCAGCCGGUCUUGUAAAAGCAAACAGUUCCGAGUGACAAUAUCACAGCAAGAACCAAACGUCUCCUUAAAAUAAUGAGCAGUAGUCGCCUUCUUGUGAAUGUGGAGGAGUGGAUAGCAGAGAAUCAGAAUGCUUUCCUGCCACCGGUGUGCAACAAGCUCAUGCACUUUUCUCAGUUGAAUAUUAUGUUUGUUGGGGGGCCAAACACCAGAAAAGAUUACCAUAUUGAAGAAGGUGAAGAGCUAUUCUACCAAGUGAAGGGAGACAUGUGUCUGAAGGUGAUUGAAAACGGCAAGAACAAGGACGUGCACAUCAAGGAGGGAGAGAUGUUCCUGCUGCCUGCUCGGAUCCCGCACUCCCCCCAGCGGGAGGCCAACACUGUGGGACUGGUGGUGGAGCGGAGGCGACUGCUCACUGAGAUUGACUGCCUCAGGUACUAUGUAGAGAACACAAACGACAUCCUCUUUGAGAAAUGGUUCUACUGUGAAGAUCUUGGAACCCAACUAGUCCCAAUCAUCCAAGAAUUCAUGGCAUCCAAGCAGUACAAGACUGGAAAACCCGAUCCCGAUAAAGACUUCGGAGAGCCUCCGUUCCAAAUGAACAACAUGAAUGUGAUGUCGCCCUUUUGCUUUAAGUCCUGGUUGGAGAAACACAAGCCGUUCCUGACCAAUGGCAGCCCGAUAAACAUGUUUGGGGCUCAGUUUGAGACAGAGGUAACCUUGUUUGGAGCCGGUUUAACUGAUGCGUCCAUACUGCAAAGCGAUGUUUGGAUUUGGCAACUGGAAGGAUCCUCGUGGGUAACCAUGAAUGAACAGAAGUUUAAUCUCUCUGCGGGGAAUAGUUUGCUGGUUCCUGAGCAUAACCAGUACCAGUGGCAGAGAGAUGAGGAGACUGUGGCACUGGUUGUGGUCCAAAACCCUGAGCGUAAAAGACCCUGAUCUUACACACUAAACAUACAGUAAUGUUGUGAAAAACCAUAACCACAAAGUGUUAAAUUCAUAUCAGCAUAAAGAAUUGUGGACAAAUGACUUCAUGGUAAUGUUAAAAUUCAACUUCCACUAAAAAAUGUCGGUAUAAAAUCUUUGUGUAAUUUUGCAAUUUCCAUUCGUGUCAGUUUUAAAAUGUGCAAUGUAUACAUUUAUUUCAUAAUACGUUCGCUAAACUCAUCACACAGCCAGUUAACACUUACAUUUAUUAUACCUGAUAAAUAUACAAAUAUGUACCAACAUGACUGUAAAAGAUGUAAAAUGUUAAAAAUACUACAAUUUUAAAGUUUUUCUAUAAUACAUUUCAUAUGAGAAAAGCAUUUUAUGGAGGACAAGAGAAAAAUGAUGGAUGUAAGGCUCUGUAAUGCUGCUUCUGUCCACCAGAGGGAGCCAAAUGAACGUGGAGGGAGGCUGACGUCAUAGCAGCGACCCCACAGACAUCAAUAAAUAUAAAAAACGCUGAUUAUCUCACAAGUGUCACCCUUACAUCCUGGUCAAUCACGACUUGCGAUUUUGUGUCUCAUGUCUUAAAAAAAACAUAACAAGUUUAUUGUUGUUAAUCUGUUUUUUUCUCAUUAGGACGUGACGUUCUUUGCUUAAUAAUUUGUAAUAAUUAUUCUUAUAAAAUUAAUUAGUGUUUUUUUAUUUCAUUUAUAAUGAUUAUUAUUCAACUAUUCCAAUCUUAUUCUCAAAAUUAUCACUUUAUUCCCAUGAUUUUAAUUCUUGUUACAUCAUAACUUUUUUCUGCAACAUAAAUUUCCAAAAAUUACAACUUUUUUCAAUUACAACUGUUUUGUUUGUUUCUCAUAUAUUUUUUUUUUUUUUACAAUUUUUACUACUUCAACUCUAUGCUACUAAAAUCUUACUUUCGUUCAUAAUAUGAGUUUAUUUUUGUAAAUCUGUGACUUCUGUUUUUCUGUUAGUAUUUUUAUUUUAUUUCUUCAAAAAUUAAAAAAAUUUUGUUGUUUAGUUUUUCAUCAUGUUAAUGACUUUUUCUGAACUUUUAUAUAUGUAUAUUAUGUUAUUGUUCCUCAUUAUAUUACAUUAUUGUCAUUAAAUGAUCAUUUUUUUUCUCGGUUACAACUUUUUUUCUCGGAAUAUUUUUACAUUAUUAUUUUACGUUCUAUUUUACGUUAUUCUUCUACUGCUGCUUUUUUAAUUGUUCUUUUUUUUGUAUUAUUGUUAAUUAAUAUUUUUAGAUUUUGCUGCUGGACACCACUGUUCUGGAGACAACUGUUUAUUUAAUUGAUACAGGUAGUUUAAAAAUUUAUUAUACAACAAACCAAAACAUUCUCAGAAAAUAUCACAAUCACUUAUAAAAUUAGACAGCAAUACAAAAAAAUGCCAGAAUUGAUAAAAACACACGUAUUUAAAGUUAAAUGACAUACACUACAAACAAUUAAAAGCCUUUAAUUUUAUCCAAAAUAUGUGUGCACUGAGUUCUACUUUGUUUUAUUGCUGCUCUUGGAGGUUCAUUUUUUGAACCAAUGCCUGUUUACUUGUACAAUCUUAUCCUCAGAGUGUUUGCGAUUACAUGCUGCUCUGCUAUAAAAGCUGCAACAGCCCAAGGAAGAGCAUAUUCCAGAGUCACCAGUCCUCCAAAGUUGUACUUAUACCCCGAGUAGUCCCACGGACAGGCCUUCAGCAACCUGAGUGCAGUACCCCAGGUGAAUUCCCACGUGUAGAUGAACAGGGUGUACAUUAAGAGACGCAGAGGCAGUGCUUGGUGACCAAUUAGCAGCCGGCUUCUCAGCUUCUCCAGGAUGUAGAUCGCAGUGGCGUACAUAGGCAGGGCCCAAAGACUGCUGUAGCCCAUCAUCCUCCUGUCCCGGAUGCUGCACCAGUCCAGCACGGCCGUGAAACACACCUCACAGAGGCAGCCAUGUAGCGCGUACACGUAGAGACGAGCGAGCACGGAUAGUGGACGAGAGGAGACGCUUCCAUGGGGCUCUGUUAGGACUUCAUCUGUAAUGUGUCCUGACAACAAGAACUGAGUUAGUUAGUACCGGUUAGUAGUAUAGUUAGUA